AUGAUUGCAAUUGGUAUGGAAGGAUCUGCCAAUAAGGUGGGAAUUGGAAUUAUGCUUCAUCCCGAAGAUGGCAGUACCCCGCAAGUACUCGCAAAUGUCCGACACACGUACAACUCCCCACCUGGAGAAGGAUUUCUGCCCAAGGAUACAGCCCGUCAUCAUCGAGCAUGGGUUGUGAAGCUGGUGAAGCAGGCACUUCAGGAGGCGCAUGUGUUGCCUGAAGAUGUGGACUGUAUCUGCUAUACUAAAGGUCCCGGAAUGGGUGCCCCGCUACAGAGCAUUGCAAUUGCGGCACGGAUGUUAAGCUUGCUUUGGGGCAAGCCCAUGGUUGGAGUCAACCAUUGUGUUGGUCACAUUGAAAUGGGCCGCCUCAUUACUGGUGCUCAAAACCCAGUCGUCCUCUAUGUCUCUGGCGGAAAUACACAAGUGAUCGCAUAUAGCUCCCAAAGAUACCGUAUCUUUGGCGAAACUCUCGAUAUUGCUGUCGGCAACUGCUUGGAUCGAUUUGCUCGCACUCUGCACAUUCCAAAUGAUCCUUUCCCAGGAUACAAUAUUGAGCAGUUGGCAAAGAAGGGAAAGCGGCUAGUGGAUCUUCCAUAUACUGUGAAAGGAAUGGACUGUUCAUUUUCUGGAAUAUUGGCUGCCAUCGACUUAGUGGCUGGAUCCUUGGGGUUGAGCGGAGAAAAUGGUGCGAAGGACGACGAGGAGAACGCCGAUCAAGAGCAUGACCAAGAUCUAUAUGACAAGCCCACUCGUGCAGACCUAUGCUUUUCGCUCCAGGAGACAGUCUACGCCAUGCUGGUUGAGAUUACUGAACGGGCAAUGGCUCAUGUUGGUUCUAAGCAGGUGCUCAUCGUGGGUGGUGUUGGCUCCAACGAACGAUUACAGGAGAUGAUGGGCAUCAUGGCUCGAGACCGCGGUGGAAGUGUCUUUGCAACAGACGAGCGCUUCUGUAUUGAUAACGGAAUCAUGAUUGCCCAGGCUGGCAUGCUAUCAUACAAGAUGGGUAUCACCACUCCACUGAAGGAAUCUACCUGUACCCAGCGUUUCCGGACAGACGAAGUGUUUGUGAAGUGGAGGGAUUAG